UCGGUCUGCUUUUUUGACUUCUAACUUCUCUCCACCUGUCAUCAGCUUGGACCUUGUCGCGAAUUAAAUAUAUCUUCCAAGAGUAUCACGGCACCCCAAUGAAGCUCAAUCCAGCAAUCCCACUCCUCGCCCUCGCAACCUUUUCCGCAGCUACGCCCGCUGCUCAGCUGCCCGUCGGACUUGAUCUUGGCAAAGAACCUGAUAGCAGCAAGGUCAACGUGUCUUUGUAUGUUAUGUCAAAAUGUCCCGAUGCUAGACUGUGUGAAAACGUAUUCGGCCAAGUUCUGCGCACCGAAUCCAUACUCCCCAAGAUCUCUCUUUCUCUCCAUUACAUAGGUACCCUCGACCCCUCUUUGCCCCUGGGAGUUGACGUGAAGCAUGGCCCUACCGAAGCUUACGGUAACGCCCAUCAACUGUGCUUGUACAACCACGUUCCCUUGACGCAAUUCUGGGCGGCAGUCGAGUGCAUGAACUUCCCUUCGAGUUUCCCGAAGGAUAUUGGGACGGUAGGGUUUACGAGGCAGUGUGCGGAGACGGUGGGGGUGGAUUGGUGGGGUAGUGGCGUCGGAAAAUGUGUGGAGGGGAAGAAAAGGAUGGGGAAGGCUAAGAAGGACAAGGAAACUCAGGCGGAAGAAAAGGAAGGGUAUUAUGUAGGCAAAGAAGGGAGAAAGCUUUUGCUUGAGAAUAUCCGAGAGACAGAAAAGACGGGCGUGACGACAAGUUGUACGAUCGAGAUUGGGAGUACUCUCGUUCCGGAAGGGAAGCGGACUUGUGUAGUGGACGGUGGCGUAUGGAAGGGGUGCGAUGAUGGACAUACAGCUACGGACUUCGUCCGAAUCAUCGACGCGGAAUGGAAGAACCUCAAGAAAGGCACCUCUUCCAUUGAUGAGGCUUUCAUAGAUGAGCAUGCGGAGGACUAGAGCAUCAAUAAUCUAAGAAAAUCUCGUCAUUAUUCUUUGUAUAAAUUUUCAGGCCAUGUAGUAUACAGAUUAAAACUGUGACCAUACGCCAAUGUACCCAUGUGAUCUAGUCUAAUAUAUCAUCAUUACCACCUAUAUAUACAGCAUUCACCCCAUCAUCAUCAUCGUUUUAGUCGUAAGGGUUAAAUUAGGUAUAUAUAUA